AUGAGUUCUAAACAGCAGACCGUAGCAGCGGCUCUGACCGACUGGAUCAACGCGUGCCCCAUCGAGCCCAAGAUAUCAGAUUUAAAAGAACUGAGCGAUGGAGUAGUUAUAGCUAAGGUCUUAUUGGAUAUCGACCCCUACUACUUCAAAACGGCGGCCGCAAGCUCCGAGGGCGGGGGAGGAGCUCCACCCGGAGCUCAUUGGGUUCUCCGAUUUCAAAAGCUCAAGAAGCUACACAAAGAGCUAACCAGGUACUAUACUGAGGCUCUUGGCCACAGACUCCCGAGUGCAGCCCCCAACUUGACCAUGAUCGCGAAGGACAGCAAUGUGGAGGAGAGUAUAAAGCUUGUCAAGAUAAUUGUUGCUGCUGCUGUUCAAAGUGAUAGGAGGGAGGACUAUAUCAAAUACAUCCAAGACCUUUCGCCGAUUUCCCAAACAGAGCUAAUGGGAGUAAUCAAUCAAAUGAUGGAAAUCGACGCUGCAGAAAAGAUAAGGGUAGAGGGACCAGGGCCGGAACAAAGCAAGACUGAGGAGACGGAUAUGGACCAGUUUCGGAUGGAGGAGGAAAUGGCAAGAUUGGUUGCGGAGAAGGAGGCUGUCGAGGCCAAGAAUCGAGCUUUGGAGAAACGAUUAGGAAGUCUACAAAGCGAUUUUGAUGAGAACCAGAGUCAUCUGUUGGUGCUGCAGGAUCAGCUUUCCAGCGGGGCGGUGGAUCAGGGGUAUGCGAAUAGAACGGACCCGAUGAUGAGGAGCCAAUUGGAUCAGCUUCAGAGUGAUGUACAGAAACUUGAAGAUGUGAUUGCAGAAAAAGAAAACACGAUCCAUGGACAUGAGAGUGUUAUUUCUUCCCUCAACAGGCGCGUGGAUGAUCUACUACCAAAGGCGGAAGCGGGGAUGAAAUAUAAGGAUGAUCUGGAUGAGGCCAAUCAUACGAUUGAUAAGCUCAAGAAAGGCCAGAAUGUAGCUGAAAAGUACCGCAGAAAGCUCGAGGGAAUGGGAGAACUUGAACGACAGGUUAAGACUUUAGAGCAGCAGCAUGCUUCGAUACUUCAAGAUCUCCAUGCCAGCCAGGAGCAUUCAAAGCAGGUCCCCAGUCUCAAGAGGAUUGUUGAACAAUAUAAGAAGCAAAUUGAUAAAAUGGAGACGGAAUAUGCCGAGUUAUUACGACACAGGAAUGCUUUGGAUGUAGAGCGUAACGUACUCAAGGAAAAGGUUCAAGGUGCCGAAAGCCAGAAGAGCAGAGACAUGGAGAGGAUACAGUAUCUCGAGGAGAGGGUCAGGGAGAUGGAAACUGGCGUUAUCCCACAAGGCUCGGAACAUGCCAAUGGUGAUUUAAAUUCGGAAUUAACCUUCUCGACAAAGACAAAAUCGGACCUCAAAAUGCAAAUUGCACGACUGGAAGCAGAGCUCAAAAACCUGAAGGAAGGUGGUGGAGUCAAUGCAGAUAAUAUGAUGUUACAACAACUACUCGACGACGCCACUCUAGCUAAGAAUAAACUGGAGCAAGAUUUCCUAGUAGCCCAUACUGACAAAUUGGUUCUUGAGGCGCAACUGACUGCUAUUCGUGGAGGUACUUCAGUCGAGGGGUCCGAUGUCAUGUUGAGGCUGCGACAAAGCCUGGUUGAUGCUGAAAAACAACUCUCCGAGUAUAAAUUGAGGUGUUCGGAAGUGGAAGCCGAGCUUUCGGCCACAAAGAGAGAACUCGUUACUGCACAGUCUGAUUUAAGCCUUGUCGAUAAAGAUAAACUUGAAAUCCUUGCAGAGCUCAAAACAUUGGUUGGAGCUGAAGUCAUUGAGCUCCGUCAAGAGCAUGAAGAAAUGAGAAUCAAAGUACGGGAGCUUGAAAUUGACGUUGAGCAGAAGAAAUCUCUCCUCAACACUGUCCUCCUCGAAAAGGACGAAAUUUCAAAGAAGGUCUCGGAACAAAAGGACCUCAUGCUUGAAAAGGAGAAGUCCAAUAGCGAACUUAAGGCUACCAUCGCUGCAUUUACGGGAUCUACGGAGGGUAGAGACGGGGCAUUGGAGAAGAGAGUGAUGCAGUUGCAGAACAAACUGGAGGAUCGCAGGGAGAAGAUGACAAAGACCCGAGAGCACAUCAAAAAGCAGAACGGAAUCAUCAAGGAUCUGAAAGAACAGCUCGAGCAGGCAGUCACAAGCACCACGGACGCGAACGUCAAAGCAAAAGAGGAGCAGCUGGCCGAGUUUAAGAGGAAGAAGAAUGAGGAGUUAGCCUUCCUCGAAAGAGAAAACACUCUAAUGGCAACAGCUUGGUAUGACCAAGCUAGUCGCUUGCAGAUGAACAGCUUUGUCCUUCAGAGGAUGGGCGACUCGCCAUCUAGCUGGCUGAACAAGCAGAGGAAUGCGAUACACAGCAGCAAAAAGAAAUAA